AUGCCGGUGAACGCUGUCCUGAAGUCGCUCGCCAAAAACGCCCUCGCCAACCUCCUCGCCGCUCAGCCCGAGGCGGGUAUCGCAAAGAAGAAGGACGUUGUCGCGUUCGAGCGGCUGCUGACGGAGGUCUUCGACAACCUCUUCACCUACCUCUCCGACAACGUGACGCUGUGGGCGCCCUCGGAGAGCGCCAAGGCGCUCGAUCCGGACGAUGGCCUCCUCUACAGCACGCUCGACGUCCUCCUCAGCGCAUCGGACUCGCUGCCCGUCCCUCUGGCCGAGGCGUGUGUAGAGCAUCUGCACUCGCUGGCGCGCACCUCGCACGCCGCUCCGGACCGCCACGUCGGCGCUCGCUGCUCUCACCUCACGCCUCCCCCGUCGACACAGGUCGACAUCGUCAUGUCCACCGACCUGCACCCGGAGGCGCAGGAGCUGUCGGCCGACCUGAUCAACCAUGCCAUGCGCGAACAGACCAAGGCGUGCAAGGCCAAGUUCCACGCCGACGCGGGCGAAGACUCCUCGUGCGCCGCGCUGCUUCAGGGAGCGGAGGGGGUGCUGAUGCGCGCCGCCUCGCUCGGUCUGCAGCUUCGGCUCGUCGACCUUCUCGUCAGUCUUGGCAAGCGGGCGCGAGACGUCAUCGGUGGGCUCUUUGGCUCGCAGUUCGCCCUCGGCCACGGCCCUGAGUUUGUGCAGACCGCCUUCCGCUGUCUGAGCGCCUUCAACGCUGCUCACUCGACGGCGGUCACUCCCGUCACGGCGCGCAUCUCGUCAGCGUUCGGCUGCCGCAUCAAGGGCGCCAGCGGCGGGGCGUCGUGCGAGGUUUUCUUUGGCAAUCGAGGCGCGAUCGAAGUCUUGGCGCAGGAGGGCGGGCCACUCUUCGAGGCGCAGCAGGCGCAGCACGGCCCGCCCCUCAAGUUCCGCCUGAGCGGCGUGGCGUUCGAUCAGCCAGGCACGCUCACGCUGAAUGUGGACAUGGCCAAGGUGAGGGACCUGUUUGACGAUCGCGCCGCCAACGGCACACUGCGGCUCGUCCUCUCCGGGGCGGACGCGGAGCGCCUGCGGUCACGCGUGCUGCCGGUGCUCCCGGCCAAGCUGCUAACCGAAACUGCCGGUGGAGAGCCCAAGGCGAAGCCGCGGCAAUCGCUUCCGUCUCGCGCAAAGAAGGACGUGCCUUCCUUCCCGUCGUUUGACAAGUGCGUGCAGCUCAAGGCCGCCAAGGAGGCCGCCGCCCCAACGGCCGCCAAGGAGGUCGCCGCCGGAAAGGGCGGCGGCAGCAAGGCGGCGCCGCGGAAGAAGCAGCCGCCCACUCGACCCAAGUCGGGCGCUGACGGGGAGUGGGAGCCAGGCAACACACAGGAGCCGCCCGCAGCAAAGGGCCGGCGUGCGCCAGAUGCCGCGCACGGAGGACGAGGCCGUGCAAAGGCAGCCGAGAGCGCCACCUCCGACUACAAGAAGCUCAAGGUGGCCGAGCUCAAGGAGCUGCUGGCCGCGCGGGACCUCAAGCUGAGCGGCUUCCGCCGCGGCGUCGCACUCGGCGGCCGAAUUCGAGACUACAAGGCGGAGCAGCAGCUCUCGACGGAGGACAUACACGACUUGGCAAGGCAGGCCAAGCGCGCCAGCCGCGCGCGGGCCGAGGAGGAGGAGCUGUCGGCAUCGGAGGAGGCGGACAGUGAGGAGGCGGAGAGCCCCGGGAGGACGCUCGACGAGAUCAAGCAGCAGCUGAUGGCGCGCGCCUCCGGCAAGAGCACGGCGCAGCAGGCGUGGCGCUCGCUCGAAAAGGAGGGCAAGACCUCCUCCGAGGCCGCGUACGACGAGCACAAGGGCGAAAAAAGACAGACGCUGCUGCAGACGUGUGGCGAGUGCGAGGCCGUGCGCGAGCAUGCUGAAAGCAAAGGCAACGCGGCGGUCCUCGAGCUCCAGCAGGAGGGGGAGUCGGUCACCCGAAAGGUGGCCGCGCGGGCGGCGCGGUACGAUGAGGAGAUCGCGCAAGACAACGAGAGGCGCCGGCGCCCGCCACACACUCGCGUGGCGAAGAUCGCCAAGCAGAAGAAGAGGCGGGGCCCGCCCGACCCGGGCGCCAUCCUCCGGCAGCUCAAGCUGUCCAAGAAGCUCUCCUCCAACGUGAUGGUCUCGUUCAGCGGCGACGAGGGCGAGGAGGAGGAGCCUUGA